AUGUCCCGCAUUAAGUAUACCAACAAGUCUAUUCGACGAGAAACUGUUGAAUACCCCAAAUUGUCCAAUGAAAUCACCAACACGAUUCGAUUCGGUAAGACUGACCACGAUUAUAUUAAAACUAAUUAUGAAUAUACAGAAAAGUUUGAGAAAGAAGAGAAUAAUAGACAGCAAGCAGAUGAUAAAAAAUUAACAACGGCAGCAACUAAUGCAGCCAUUAUGAAAAUCAAGUCUGAAUUAAAACUCUUAUGUUCUCUUCAGGUACACAAAUCAAACAAGUCAUCUAAAUCUAUCUCUAAUUCCAACGUUCUUCCUUCGUCAUCCUCCGAUCAUACAACUUUCGAACCUUCGUUUGAAUUACCUGCCGAAGAUACUUUAUUUCUUGAAGAACUCCUGAAUAAUCCUCAACUAUCUUCUACAUUAGACGAUACUUGGCUAGAUAAUUUUCCUGUUGAUUCAUUUGAUCAAUUACUUUCUUCCGAUCCUGAUAUGACAUUCAAAGAACUUACUGAUAUGCCUAUGGAACAAAACAAUGAAUAUAUUCAAGAUUUAGGAACGCCAGGAAGCAUUCCUUCAACAACGUACGAUGAAAGAGCUUCGUCGAUUGAAUCUGCAUCAGAAGAUAAUGAACGUGAUGAUAUAAAUCGCCGGGGUUUAAAAAAAAGUGGUGGUCCAGUACGUAAAUUAGCGAAAUUCGGCAAUAAACAAGUUAUAAAAUACUCAGACGAGUAUCAUGAUCGACGAAUAAAAAAUAAUGAAGCUGUUAAAAAAAGUCGAAUGAAAGCAAAAGAAAAACAAAAAGAAUCCGAAGGUAAAAUGACACAAUUAGCCCAUGAAAAUCGUACAUUAAACGAUCGAGUAGAUUUAUUAAUGAAAGAAUUACAAGUGUUAAAAUCACUUUAUAAAGAACUCAAUCAAGAUUUACCAUCGGCUGCUGUUAAAGAACUUGAACGAGUUAAUGUACGUUGA